AUGGCAGCAAUUGUGAUUUACAAUGGCCCCAGUAUGUGCAAGGCUGGGUUCGCUGGUGAUGAUGCUCCAAGAGACGUCUUUCCGUCACUUGUAGGCAGGCCGAAACACAAACUCGUGAAUUUUGGAAUGAUGGGUACAACUGACAGCUAUGUGGGUGAGGAAGCCCAGAGCACGAGAGGUGUGCUCAAACUAAAUCACCCCAUCGAGCAUGGUAUCAUCACCAACUGGGACGAUAUGGAGAAGAUCUGGCAUCACACCUUCUACAAUAAGCUCCGUGUGGCGCCGGAGGACCACCCUGUUCUUAUGACAGAGUCCCCAUUGACACCAGCUUGUUACGUAGCCAAUGAGGCUGUAUUGUCCCUUUUUAACUCCAAACGUACAACUGGUUGUGUCUCGGUGGUGGGUGACAGUGUAUCGCACGCUGUUCCCAUUUAUGAAGGUCACGCCCUUCCACACUGCACUUUAAGCAUUGAUCUGGCCGGGAGAAAUCUUACCGAUUAUUUAAUCAGACUACUCUCAGAGCGUGGUUAUUUAUUCACCACUGCCGCCGAGCGUGAAAUUGUAAACGACAUCAAGGAGAAACUAUGUUUUGUUGCCCUCGACUUCAAACAAGAAUUAAAAACCUCUGAAUCAUCAAGCUCGCUGGAAAAGAGCUAUGAACUUCCUGACGGUCGGGUUAUCAAAAUUGGCAACGAGCGUUUCCGUUGUACAGAGGCCAUGUUCCAGCCAUCUUUAUUAAGCAUGAAAUCCGCCGGUAUCCACGAGAUCACCUACAACAGCAUCAUGAAGUGCGACGUCGACAUCCAUAAGGAUUUGCUCGCUAACACCGUAUUGUCUGGUGGAUCAACUAUGUUUCCUGGCAUGAUUGACAGGAUGCAGAAAGAAAUCAACGCCAUAGCACAAACCACUAUGAAGAUCAAAAUAAUUGCUCCACCAGAACGGCAUCAUUCUGCUUGGCUCGGCGGCUCAAUUUUGGCCUCCCUGUCUACCUUUCAGGGGAUGUGGAUCAGGAAACAGGAGUAUGACGAGGUUGGGCCUCGUAUAGUUCAUUUGAAGUGUUUCUAA